AUGGGGGACAGCAGCAAGCACCACAAGUACCGGCAGGAGAUCCAGCAGAUGAUGUACGUCUCUGGCGAGAAUGGAGAACCAUCUACUGAGACCACCUCCAUGAUCGAAGAGAUCGUCCGGCAGCAGGUCGUAGAGAUGCUCAGGAACUGCACCGAGCUCGCCGCACGCCGCGGCGCUCGCGCCAUCACCAUCAACGACGUCAUAUUCCAGAUACGCGACGACGCACCCAAGGUAUCCCGCCUCAGGACCUUUCUGUCCUGGAAGGACGUUCGCAAGAGCGCCAAGGACUCGGACGAGAAGGGCGGCGAGGCCGACCUAGGCGUCGGCGACGACCCGGCCGGAGGCGCCAUGUCCGGCGGUCCCUCGGUCCUGGACGCCGCCGCCAAGAAGAACAAGAAGGCCAAGGUCAAGCUCCCGUGGGAGCCCUCCUCGUUCUACAGCCAGGAGGUGCCCGAGCGCGACGACGAGGAGGACGAAGAGGAGGAGGAGAUGAACCACAUCACGCUCCAACGGCUCCGCAAGGCCGAUGAGCGCACCAACGCCAUGACCCGAGAGGAGUACGUCACGUGGUCCGAAUACAGGCAGGCCUCGUUCACGUACCGCAAGGGCAAGCGGUUCAGGGAGUGGGCCGGGUUCGGCAUCGUCACGGACAGCAAGCCGUCGGACGACAUCGUCGACAUCCUCGGCUUCCUGACGUUCGAGAUGGUCCAGACGCUCACGGAGGAGGCGCUCAAGAUCAAGGAGCAGGAGGACAUGUGGAGGGAGCGCACCGGCGGCGAGAACGCCGGCACCAAGAAGCGCAAGCUCGCGCAGGGGGGCCUGUUCGACCUGCCCGGCGAGGGCAAGACGCCCAUCGAGGCCCGCCACGUUCAGGAGGCCUUCCGCAGACUCCAGGCAAAGCCGAAGAAGGCGCGGGCUAUGCUGAAUGGAACGCAGCUGCGGCAACAUAGCAACAUCAGGUUCUUCUAG